AUGUCUUAUAUCGAUCUUCUAUUUCCUCGCGAGGAACUCGAAGCUUUGGGUAACAAAUGGACUGAGCCAGCUACCAAGAGGCGCAAGCUAGAUCUCAAUGCGGGCCUUGCACGAGGGAAACCACAGCGGCAGCAACAGCCUGUUCGAUUAAACCAGAAUGCGCAAGUCACUCAGCGCCGCCAUACUCACUCAGCACCUUCUCAACAGCGCAGUAAAACUCCGGUGUCAGCGGGAGGCAUAAAACAAACAAUCAAAAGAUCCAAUUCGGAUGCUAGACUGACAACAUUGUCAAAAACACCUACGGUUUCCGCAAAAUCUGUUGUGACACCCAAAUCGUGUCUCCCUAGUUUCAUAGAGCCGUCGCUCUUGAAAAACUAUCUCCAACAUCUUCACCCAAACGAUCGAUCACGAUACUCGAUACCAAACAGUCCCGAGCCAGAACAUCAACCACAACGUAGCGAGAGCCUCAAAAAGACUCAUAUCUACCAUGAAUAUGACGACGAUUCGUGCUCGCCCGCAUCUCUCAUUACCGAUCAUUCAUCAUCCGCAGACAAUGUUGAUUCUUGUCCUACCCCCACUCCAGGAAUUUAUGAGCAGCUCCAUGAAGGACCUCUCGGCAAUCCCUUUGGUUAUUUGUUGCACGGCCUGCGGCUCACCGAGCACGAGAAGGAUUUGAUGGAGAAUCUGUUGAACCCUGGACAGGUUGACAUGCCGCCACCAGCAGUGCCCAGCGGAUCGAGUAGUAUGAAGCGAAAAGCAGGAGAAACAGACAUGGGCUUCGACCUCGCACACUCUUCGAGUCUUGAUCAACCUCUCAUACACAGAAACAGUACGAUAUCCAAUUUCGGCAUUCUACACAAUGGAUACAACGACUCAGAUGUCCAUUCUUCGGGACUAAGUCCAGGCCCUCAGGAGGAAGAGGAGGAUCAGAAGGAUCAGCAGAAUGAUUUCGAUGAUCAGCCGGUGAUGUCUACACGUGGAUUUGCCAUCAGUGUUAACGAUUUCUUUGAUUUGGACGAAGCAUCAGGUUUCACAGAACUAGGCGAUGACUAA